GGGAGGAAGGGGAGGAGGCCGGGUGUUUCCUGGCGCAUUCCCGGCCCGCCCGAGUGACUCACUCAGCCUGGAAACUCCCAGAGCCUGACUGGGACCCCGGAGCCACCGCCGCCCCGACCCAGGCCAAGAUGGCGGCCCAGGUGACGCUGGAGGAUGCACUGUCCAAUGUGGACCUCCUGGAAGAGCUCCCUUUGCCUGACCAGCAGCCCUGCAUUGAGCCCCCACCAUCCUCCCUGCUCUACCAGCCAAAUUUCAACACUAACUUUGAAGACAGAAAUGCAUUUGUUACUGGUAUUGCAAGAUAUAUUGAACAGGCGACUGUCCAUUCUAGCAUGAAUGAAAUGCUGGAGGAGGGCCAAGAGUACGCGGUCAUGCUGUACACCUGGAGAAGCUGCUCUCGGGCCAUCCCACAGGUGAAAUGUAACGAGCAGCCUAAUAGAGUGGAAAUUUAUGAGAAAACCGUAGAGGUCCUGGAGCCUGAGGUCACAAAACUGAUGAAUUUUAUGUACUUCCAGAGAAAUGCCAUUGAGCGAUUCUGUGGGGAGGUGAGGCGCCUGUGCCAUGCGGAGAGAAGGAAGGACUUUGUGUCUGAAGCCUACUUGAUCACACUGGGCAAGUUCAUUAACAUGUUUGCUGUGUUGGAUGAACUGAAGAACAUGAAGUGCAGCGUGAAGAACGACCACUCGGCGUACAAGAGGGCUGCUCAGUUUUUACGGAAAAUGGCAGACCCACAGUCCAUCCAGGAAUCACAAAAUCUGUCCAUGUUCCUGGCCAACCACAACAAAAUCACACAAUCGUUGCAGCAACAGCUUGAAGUGAUUUCUGGCUAUGAAGAGCUUCUCGCCGAUAUUGUGAAUCUGUGUGUGGAUUACUACGAGAAUAGGAUGUACCUGACACCCAGCGAGAAACACAUGCUUCUCAAAGUCAUGGGGUUCGGUCUAUACUUGAUGGAUGGGAGUGUCAGCAACAUCUAUAAACUUGAUGCCAAGAAAAGAAUAAACUUAUCCAAAAUCGAUAAGUACUUCAAGCAGCUCCAGGUGGUUCCACUGUUCGGGGACAUGCAAAUAGAACUGGCAAGAUACAUCAAGACCAGCGCCCACUAUGAGGAAAAUAAAUCUCGGUGGACGUGCACAUCGUCCAGCAGCAGCCCGCAGUACAACAUCUGUGAGCAGAUGAUCCAGAUCCGGGAGGACCAUAUGCGCUUCAUCUCAGAGUUGGCACGCUACAGCAAUAGCGAGGUUGUCACAGGGUCGGGCCGCCAGGAGACUCAGAAGACAGACACUGAGUACCGGAAGCUGUUUGACCUGGCACUUCAGGGCCUGCAGCUGCUGUCCCAGUGGAGUGCUCAUGUGAUGGAAGUGUAUUCAUGGAAACUUGUGCACCCAACGGACAAGUACUCCAACAAGGACUGUCCCGACAAUGCUGAGGAGUAUGAGCGUGCCACCCGCUACAACUACACCAGUGAGGAAAAGUUUGCCCUGGUAGAGGUGAUUGCCAUGAUCAAAGGUCUGCAGGUGCUGAUGGGCAGGAUGGAGAGUGUUUUCAACCAUGCCAUCCGGCACACCGUCUAUGCUGCACUGCAGGACUUUUCCCAGGUUACCCUUCGGGAACCACUCAGACAGGCCAUCAAGAAGAAGAAGAACGUCAUCCAGAGUGUCCUGCAGGCCAUCAGGAAGACUGUGUGCGACUGGGAGACGGGGCAUGAGCCCUUCAACGACCCAGCCCUGCGAGGCGAGAAGGACCCCAAGAGCGGCUUUGACAUCAAAGUACCCCGGCGCGCUGUAGGACCCUCCAGCACUCAGCUUUACAUGGUGAGAACCAUGCUAGAGUCCCUCAUUGCAGACAAAAGUGGUUCCAAGAAAACCUUGAGAAGUAGCCUUGAGGGGCCCACCAUAUUGGACAUAGAAAAAUUUCAUCGAGAGUCAUUCUUCUACACUCACUUGAUAAAUUUCAGUGAAACACUCCAGCAGUGCUGUGACCUUUCACAGUUGUGGUUCCGAGAGUUCUUUCUGGAACUGACAAUGGGCAGGAGGAUCCAGUUUCCCAUCGAGAUGUCCAUGCCCUGGAUCCUGACAGACCACAUCCUGGAGACCAAGGAGGCGUCAAUGAUGGAGUACGUCCUCUACUCCUUGGACCUGUACAAUGACAGCGCACACUAUGCCCUCACCAGGUUCAACAAGCAGUUUCUCUACGACGAAAUUGAGGCAGAGGUGAAUCUGUGCUUUGACCAAUUUGUUUAUAAGCUGGCAGACCAGAUAUUUGCAUAUUAUAAGGUUAUGGCAGGAAGUUUGCUUCUUGAUAAACGUUUACGAUCAGAAUGCAAGAAUCAGGGGGCAACAAUCCAUCUCCCACCAUCUAACCGCUAUGAGACCCUACUUAAGCAGAGGCAUGUGCAGCUCCUAGGAAGAUCCAUUGACCUUAAUCGCCUGAUUACUCAGCGUGUCUCAGCAGCCAUGUAUAAGUCUCUGGAACUGGCUAUUGGACGAUUUGAAAGUGAAGACUUGACAUCAAUAGUUGAGUUGGAUGGCCUUUUGGAAAUCAACCGCAUGACCCACAAGCUGCUAAGCAAGUACCUGACACUGGACAGCUUUGACGCCAUGUUCCGGGAGGCCAACCACAAUGUGUCCGCGCCCUAUGGAAGAAUCACCCUCCAUGUCUUCUGGGAGCUCAACUAUGACUUCCUGCCCAACUACUGCUACAAUGGCUCCACCAACCGAUUUGUUCGGACAGUAUUACCAUUUUCUCAAGAAUUUCAAAGAGAUAAACAGCCUAAUGCACAACCCCAGUAUUUGCAUGGAUCAAAAGCUUUGAACUUGGCGUACUCUAGCAUUUAUGGCAGCUACCGGAACUUCGUGGGGCCUCCUCACUUCCAGGUCAUCUGCCGGCUGCUCGGCUACCAGGGUAUUGCCGUGGUCAUGGAGGAGCUACUGAAGGUGGUGAAGAGCCUGCUGCAAGGCACAAUCCUGCAGUACGUGAAGACACUGAUGGAGGUGAUGCCCAAGAUCUGCCGCCUGCCCCGGCAUGAGUAUGGCUCUCCUGGCAUCCUAGAGUUCUUCCACCACCAGCUGAAGGACAUUGUUGAGUAUGCGGAGCUGAAGACAGUGUGCUUCCAAAACCUGCGGGAAGUGGGCAAUGCUGUCCUCUUCUGCCUGCUCAUCGAGCAAAGCCUGUCUUUAGAAGAAGUGUGUGACCUCUUGCACGCAGCCCCAUUUCAGAACAUCCUGCCGAGAGUCCACGUGAAAGAGGGAGAGAGACUUGAUGCCAAAAUGAAAAGACUGGAAUCAAAGUAUGCACCACUGCAUCUUGUCCCUCUGAUUGAAAGACUGGGGACCCCUCAGCAAAUUGCAAUAGCAAGAGAGGGGGACUUGCUGACAAAGGAGCGUCUCUGCUGUGGCCUGUCUAUGUUUGAAGUCAUCCUGACUCGGAUCCGGACCUUUCUGGAUGACCCCAUCUGGCGUGGGCCUCUGCCCAGCAAUGGAGUCAUGCAUGUGGAUGAGUGUGUUGAGUUUCACAGACUCUGGAGUGCCAUGCAGUUUGUCUAUUGUAUUCCUGUGGGAACCCACGAGUUUACAGUCGAGCAGUGCUUUGGCGACGGGCUCCACUGGGCUGGCUGUAUGAUCAUUGUACUUCUUGGGCAACAGCGGCGCUUUGCUGUCCUGGAUUUCUGCUACCAUCUACUUAAAGUCCAGAAACAUGAUGGCAAAGAUGAGAUUAUAAAAAAUGUGCCAUUAAAGAAGAUGGUAGAGAGAAUUCGCAAGUUCCAGAUUCUAAAUGAUGAAAUAAUUACUAUCUUGGACAAGUACUUGAAGUCUGGUGAUGGAGAAAGCACCCCCGUGGAGCAUGUUCGCUGCUUUCAGCCACCUAUCCACCAGUCCCUGGCCAGCAGCUGAGGACAUGUACAUCAGGUUUUUGAAGAGUCUCAGUACUGACUGCAUUUAAUAACUUUUAAGGGCAUGUUUUCCUUUCCAUAAACUAUUUAGUGAGAUUUUUAGGGACUAUUUUUCCUUAUCUCUGUGCCUGUUAAAGGGGGUACUUUUCAAUUUAAAAGCUUAAAUUUUAUAAAAUUGACUUAUUUUUCUAGACUAAAAUUGUAUAUGCCUUUGGUAAUUAGAAAGUCUGAGAAUAUUGGCUGCUGAUUGUUGCCAUCAUGUUCUUACAGAGUAAUUUUCCGUUUUUUCUAUGGAAUGUUCCAACAGCUAGCUAUGUCAAAUUGCUGCUGAGGUCAUCCAUUUAUUCCUUAGCAAAGGAUCGAUAAUGUUUGGGGAAAAAUUUACAGACUUAAGAAACAUACUACCAGCUCAUUGUAAUAAAAUGCACUACCAAUUAGAAUUAAACUUAAUUAUUUAGCUUUUGUUCGGGGAUUUUUCCUGAUAGGUCUUUUAUGAGUAACCUUUUCUAAGUCAUUGUUCCCUUCCCUUUUUUGUGUCAGUGUUUCAGAAAAUAGUGAACUUGAUUCCUCUGCUUCUACUAAAUCCAGUUGUGACAGAAUCUAAUUUGUAGGGUAUGAUUUAAAGGUUACAGAAAUAAAGCUAAUAAAACUUA